AAGCAUGAGAGCAUGGAGCUGUAGAGUAGAUAGGGAGGGAGAUGGGGAGACAUGAGGACAUGUACAGGACCAAAAGAGAGCUGAAGUUGCAGAGUUUGAAUUAAGCUCCUUCCUUUGGUUGGUGUUGUUUGAAUGCAAACACAUGUGUGUAGUCCAACCUCCUCUAUACAGUGGAGUACAGACUUUACAGUACAUGCCCAAUAGGAGUAUUUCUUACUUGUGUACAUGUAUGGACUAUUACUAGUGGAGUACUAGUACUAUAAAUAUAUCUUCAGCUGUCAAGACCCUUGCACUUGCAAUAGUGGAGUACUGGUAUAGAAUCAAUGUGCAUAAGGAUUAAAGGAUAGAUAGACAUUGGUUUGGCUUGGCUACCUCUGCUCUACUACCAGUGCUACCACUACCAUCACUCACCAGAAAAGAAGGAAGCACAAGCAGCCACAAGGUAGGAGCAUGAUAAAAAAAUUUGGUUACCUAGCUGUGUUCAUCUCUUGGCCGGUUUGCAUAAUAAUACAGGACACCCGCAUCCCCAACUGAAUAAUCGCUGACAUGGUGGCCGCGCACCUCCAAGGAAGCAGCGGCUCGCCGAAGCAGCAAGCUCCUGCCGCCGCCGACAGCGCCAACGGCACGCUGCCCCUCCAGUAUCCCCAGGAGCAGCGCGCCGGCCCCUGUUGCCACGCGCCGGGCCACCGCGGGGAGAAGGACGCCGCCGCCGUUGGCCCGCUGGCGCUGACGCUCGGCGGCGCCUCGGCCGCAACGGACGUCGAAGCCGCCUGCCGGUGCUGCCGCGCGCGCGCCGUCGACGCGCCGGCGCCGGAGAUGGUGGUGGUACCUUCGGCGGUGCGGGGAUCCCGGUAUCUGGUCCCGGCCCAGGAGCUGCUGCGCGACGCGGUGUCCAUGGCCGGGGCGAGCGCCGGAGGAGGAGGAGACAGCGACGCCGACGAAGACGACGAGGCGGCUGAUGAGACGCGUGUGCAGGGGGCAGCGAAGGACGGCCUGCAAGCCAAGCUCCUCGGCCUUCUCAGCGAGCUGGAGAGCCGGGAGGACCAAUACUUCGAGGAGCUGGGCCGCGUGGCGUUGUCGUUCGAGCCGGCGCUGGGGCCGGCGGCGACGGCGGGGUACACCUCGCUCAUGUCGCGGGCCAUGUCGCGCCACUUCGGCAACCUGCGGCGCGCCAUACUCCGCAAGCUCAGGCUCCUCCACGCAGCGGCCGCCGCGAGAAGGCCGCCGCGGGUGGACGACGGCGGGGAUGGUGGUGGGGAGAGCGAGGAGGAGGAGGUCACGGAAGAGAUGGUGAAGAGGCUGGUCCGGCGGAAGAAGCAGGCGGCGGCGGCAAGGGCGGCGGAGCAGGUGUGCAAGCCGAUGAGGGGCCUGCCGGAGGACUCGGUGGCAGUGCUCCGGGCAUGGCUCUUCGACCAUUUCCUCGAUCCGUACCCCAGCGACAACGAGAAGCUCAGGCUGGCCGUUAGCACGGGCUUAAGCAGAGGCCAGAUAUCCAACUGGUUCAUCAACGCGCGGGUGCGGCUGUGGAAGCCCAUGAUCGAGGAGAUGUACAACGACGAGUUCUCCGAGGAUUCCGUCUCCAUGGACGACGCCUCCUCCUCUUAGUGCAUCUCAAAUUCUCGACGACCUAAGACCGGUUAUCGUGUGAAAUUCCCCUGUGUGUUACAAACCGGACCUAGUUUUCGUUCCAUGCAAUUUUGGUCUACGCUUACAUGGAACUGUUAUCACCUUUUGUCAGAGCUUGAGUGAGGUAGUAUUAGUUAGUACCACUACGGAGCGGAACCAGCCAUUAUUGAUGAAUCCUUUUAAUUCCCCCCUGAAGGUUCUGCAACAUAUGUGGUUGGUUGUCGAACUGUUUGUAUUUUCGAUGGAAGAGGAUGGAAGAGCAGCUUUCUAGGUGCUGGUAAUUGGGUCAAA